UUGUUGCGUAUCUUUUGGGAGCGGUUUGCGGGGGACAUUCUGCGGCUUCUUGAGAGAUCAGAUUUGAUAAGUCAUGUCCGUGCGAGUCAGUCAUGCCGAAAUUCUUUUCGGGAUCAACAUGAUACUCAUCACCUUUCGGAAGUGAUCUGCUGCUUAUGGUCUCUUUUCUAUUGACUUCGUCAGCAACGGCGAUCGUUUCGUUGGAUCAAUAUGUGUCGACUUUCCUAGAUUCUCCAAGAAAUAUUGUCUUCGUGGAAUUCCCCACCGAGUGGCACAUUUCGGUCACUUCCAUAUCUGAGUGGAUGUUCAUAUUCUUUAUCUGGGGCGCCGGCAAUGGUGGUAUACGCAACGUCAUUGAUAUGUUUUCAUCGCUUUAUCGCUUGGAAUCUGAGCUUAUCAUGAUUUGGUAUCGUUGUGAGGAGGGGAACGGAGUGCGCGGACUUCGAGCUUUCUGGGACGCUUGUGUCUGUUGCUUGUGAAGCAUAUUGCUGACUCCAGCUCUUGCCAAUGUGGGACGUUUGUGUCUGUUGCUUGUGAAGCAUAUUGCUGACUUCAGCUCGGAAUCAACGUAAAGGCCUUGGAAAAACAUUCUGUAACGCCACUGACCUCACAACUCGCCUUUCA